GCAAUAAUUCGUGACCUUCUUGCUGUUCAUCACUGUUAUCAUUAUCCCGAGAUCAUUGCACAGUCAUACCAAGCAUAUCAAAAUGGUCGCCUCUAUAGAAGCCUCCGACUUUGUGCCUGUAUCGGACUGGCCUACCCUGGAAGAACUCGUAGCGGGCUUCCAGGAGCACAUUAUGCCCGCGUCUUCAAAACUUGCCGGACAGACAUUCGAUCACAUGUUUGACAUGGGUCUCCGUAUCUCACACCAGUUCCACGAUUCAGCCACGCUCACGUGGAGAAUUCUCGAAGGAGACCAAGCCGGCGUCACGGGUGAUGCUGAGUACAGAGCAUAUGAAGUACGAGCCGGCAUCUACUUUGUCGACUUCUACAAACCCGACUACAAGGAGCAAGUUAGCUUGAUCCUGGACACUACGACAGGUCAGGCGAUCGCCUGCGUCUCCGGCUUCAGCGACCAAACCAACGAGCGCAGAACAUGGACCAAGUUUUCAAACGCCACCAAGUACGAGGGCACCAACGUCAAAGCCUACGAACCUACUGACGAGCUCAUCGGCAAGCACAUUUUGUACCGCUACACCCCUCGCGACGCUUACGAGCACAUCUACCUCAACAGAGGCACUCUCACAUGGCACUGCCUGAGCGGCACCGAGAAAGGCCUAGCAGACGCAGAGCUUUGCAAGAUGCUGAAGCUCAGCGACAGCCUGUACCUGUUGUUUUGGACGGAAACUAUCAUGCCCGUUGAGUCUGUGGUUGUUGUUGAUUUGCGCGAAAUGCGCUCCACCGGGCGAUUUUUCUGUUGGGAUCCCAAGCCUCAGCGUGAGGUCCGGGUGCGGUUUGGGUCGUAUGCUACGAUUCUAGCAGAGACUGAGUCAGCCAAGGUUCUUGCUAAGCCAGUCUUGCACGGAAGGCUGUGAGAUAGAGAGCAAUCUUCUCAGGGUAUACAGAUUUUAGUAGAGUCGAGAGUCAAUUCAGUCAAAUAUGAUCAACACAUUCUUCAAGCAUCAGGCCUGGUCAGCGCUUGUCAUCUGGUUCCUUCGUUGCCCUUUGGGUCGUUCUUUCAGUCUGCACCAUUUCUCUGAGUCCAUGCUUUCCGCCGUAUUCAAUUG